AUGGGUGAAGAAGAAAGAGAAUACAAGCUAACAUUUUAUUUGGGAGACAAUGACUACUGUCUAAAGAAAGAAAAGACUUCAGGAAACUACGUCAGAAAAGGCAGUCUCCAGCAAUUCCUGAGCUCUGAGGAACAUAUGUGUGGUUUACACAAGGAGGCAAAGCAGGUCUUCUGUGAAGUCGACAGAAGCCUGCUCUGCAUGCUCUGCUCUAGCUCCCAGGAGCACGAGGCUCACAGACACUGCUCCAUUGAAGAGGCUGCUGAGGAAUCCCAGCCAGGAACCAGAGCCCAAACCAACCCCCCAAGGACAGGAAUUGGAGGUACCCAGUUGUUUGCUCCUGGUUCCUCCUUCUUGCAGCACCCAGCAAAGGAACCUGAGCUUCAAUCAAGCAUUGGAGAGACCAUGGAUAUGCUCCCUAGAAAAGUGGACUCUAACAUCUUACAAGCCUUUCAUGAAGAACUCACCUGUCUUAUCUGCAUGAAUUACCUGAUAGACCCAGUCACCAUGGGGUGUGGGCACAGCUUCUGUUUGUCGUGUCUCUGUGUUUCCUGGGAGAAAGCAGAGAGCACUAAUUGCCCUCUGUGCAGGGAACCAGCACAGCAGACAAACUUCAAAACCAAUAUUCUCCUGAAAAAUCUGGUGUCCAUUGCCAGAAAAGCCAGUCUCCGGGAAUUCCUGAGCUCUGAGGAAUAUAUGUGUGGUUUACACAAGGAGGCAAAGCAGGUCUUCUGUGAAGUCGACAGUAGCCUGCUCUGCAUGCUCUGCUCUAGCUCUCAGGAGCACGAGGCUCACAGACACUGCUCCAUUGAAGAGGCUGCUGAGGAAUCCCGGGAGAAGCUGUCAAACCAAAUGGCAUCAUUAUGGGAGAAGAUCCAAGAAAUCCAAAGAAAUCUCAAUAAAGAUGGCAGGAUAUCUGACCAUUGGAUGAGUUACGUGUAUCAACAUGAACAUAUCACCAGGGUUGCUUAUCAGGCACUGCGUGAGGUUCUCCAUCAGGAAGAGAAACAACAUUUAAAGAGUCUUGAAGAGGAAGGCCCAGAGAUGUUUAAACACCUCGAGGAACGUCGAGACGAAAUGAUUGAGAAGAAGAUAAGCCUAAGAGCAAUGUAUGAGGAGCUCAUGGACAUAUGCCAUAAACCAGAUGUAGAGCUGCUCCAGGAAUUAGGGGACAAACUGACAAGGAGUGAGCGGGUGCAGCUGCACAUGCCGCAGCCUCUGCAGCCGCAACUCCCUGCACGACCCAUCACUGGACUGGUGGACAGGCUCAACCGCUUCCGAGUGGAAAUUUCCUUCACUAAUGAAAUUACCAAUCACAAUAUCAGGCUGUUUGACGAUAUGAGAAGUCUGAGGUUUAUGCGUGACAGUCUAUGUGCGUCUUUGGAUCCUGGACCAUCUAACUAUUAUGCCUCAUGGGGAGACCAGGUCUUCACCUCUGGCAAACAUUAUUGGGAGCUGCACGUGGACGACUCUUGGGACUGGGCUGUAGGGGUCUGUAAGGAGUCCUGUGUAAGGAAGAAUGGCACUCUGAUUGGGUCUCAGGACACACUCCUUCUUUUAUGUGUGAAGGAGGAUAAUGGUUACACUCUGUGGACCACUGCCCCAAUGACUCGUCAGUUCAUAGAGAAACCUCUGGGCAGGGUUGGUGUGUUUCUUGAUGCUGACAGGGGAAGUUUGAGUUUUGUGGAUGUUGCGAAGCGUUCCCUUAUUUGGGCAUACCCCCAUGGCAUAUUCAACUUCCCUGUCAGGCCUUUCAUUGACACUGGCCACACAUGA